GUUAUCUAUGGAACGUUUGAAUAAAAUAUAAAUAAAAGCAAAACGAAUAAUAUGUAGGUCUUUGAAGAUGUUACAACGGAUGAAUUAAAAACUCGAACUAAUUAAAAAUAACAAAAAUUUAAGAGGACUAUGCUUGGGAACAGUUUAUGGAAUUCAGUCUGUCGGUUUACUAGUUCUUGUUGUUGACUCAUGUAAGACUAUAUUUUUUUUUUUCCAUCUGAUGCGUGGCAGGCGGCUGCCCGAGGCCAGAUGUACAGUCGACGCCGUGCUCUGAGCUGCCAGGACACGCGACACUGUUGCCGGCCGGUUGUGCUCUCUGUGAGAAGCCUUCACGCUCCGCCACGCUGCUGGGAAUACUGGUGUCGAGGCCACGACAUGUGAAUGCAUCAGAGGAUGGCUUACCCCAGGGCGUCGAACGCGAACUGGAACGUGCGCGAACUCACCAAGAAGUUCGAGGUGAAUGCAACGGUGACGCAGGAACCGGUCAUCCGCUGCGACAGGAACAAACCGACCGAAAACAAAGUGAAUAUCCACAGAACACAUGCCUUCCGAUUGAAGUCUCAAGAUGGGGAAAACGGCUUGCCGCUGCAGCCCUCUAAGGCCGCGUACGUCUUCGGCAAGAGGGUGCGCAAAGUCGAUGACAACCAGUCUGUCAAGUCAAUCGUGGAGCGGUUUGAUACCAGCCACGUGGUCCCGACUCCAGAGAAAGUGUUCAAAGAUGAGUACAGCAAGGUGUUGAAAAAAUCCCCAUCAUGCGCUUUCGAUGGCAGGACAGCCGUUUCACCCAAAAUGAACACUUUACGUAAAACCAUUUCCAACAUUACGGAAAGCACAAACUGCAGCUACGGCGGCACGAGCGCGGAGAAAAGGCAAGGGGCGGAACUGCCGCCCGUCAGACACGAACCCCUGCAGGAACUGGUCGACAAGAUGAACAGCAACAACAACAACAGCGUUAGCUCCUCGGAGCUGACCAACUCGCUAAAGGCGGCCCUGAGGUCCCCCCUGCCCAAGGGCCCGCCCCCCAAGAAGCCCCCGCGCACCUUCGCGCACCAGAAGGAGCACGAAGAGAGGGAGGCGACCAUGACGGAGUCCCGCCGCAAGCUGGUGAAGCUCCGGGAGAUUGUGGACGGCAGCCGGCAGAGCGGGGGAGGGGCGGUGCUGGUGGCCAGGAGCCCCGCUCUGCCUCGACGCACCCGCGAGCAGGCGGCCGGCGCAGACGCGGACUCUCGCCCCCGUGGCCUCCAGGGCUCAGGGGGGCGGGGACUGGCCGUGCUGAGGCUGUGCGCGGCGUGCCUGAGCGGUGACGGGGGCACCGUGCGGCGCGCCGACUACCAGGAGCUGUGCCGCGCCGCCGCGGCGCCCCAGGAGCACAUCUACGACGUGCCGUUCCAGCCGCGCGCCAAGCCAGACACCGCGCAGUGCCGCUGCUGCAACGAGCCGGGUCUGCACUACCUGACUCAGACAGCUGCACUGUCACGCUCGUCGUCACAGGACAGAAGCCCGCUGCCUGGUGAAACCAUGCAGCAUUCAGGCCGUCGCCUGUGUUUGAACUCCACUGAUGCUACAACGAAGUGGGCACGGUCUCCAAAUAUACUGCUUCCUUACUCUUCAGAGAUGCUACCAUUCCACUUGGUGUUCCUCCUCAGCGAGAGCUCCGGGCCUGGACCAGCGUGGUCCUUCGCAGGUCUCCGGCCGGUUGAGAAGCUGGUGGGGGAAACGUUACGUGGAAUCGUAGCAUGUCUAGUAAUCUGCUACCAAAGUCAAUUAUUUUAUUAUGCUUAUAUUUCAGUGUAAUUUUUGUGUACUGUAAUUUUUUUUGUGCAUCUCUUUAGUUUCUUGUAUGUAAUUUGUAAACACCCAUGGAAGAGUGGCUGUAAUUAAUAUCCUAGUGUGUGAAGGAUUACAGUCAAUGUAUAUGUAUCUUACAUUCUUGUAAAGAAAGCUUGAAUGGGUGUUGGGUCUGUUUUAAGUGUUAAAAUAAUUGUGAUUUUCAUACAAAUUGACUGCAAAAAAUUUUAUUUUAAAAAGAAAAUCCCUUGUUAAAUAUAGUUGUGAUAUACUAUUAGUAAAUAUGACUUGAAAAUGAUAGUUAAUGUUUAGAUUUUGAUUAAUAUUUUGCAAAAUAAAUGGCAGUUUAUGUAAGACAAUAUAUUUUCUUUAAUUUAAAUGUCAUGUAUAUUUUUCAGUGUGUGUGUGGGGUGAGAAAUAAUGCCCUAAAAAUGAUGAUGUUUUGAAAUUGUUUGUGCCUACAGUUAUAGUACUCUGUUAUUUUAAUUCUUUUAUAUAUCAUGCUAUGGGUCCAAAUUGCUUGUUAUUGUUAUAAUCUGCAUGUCAUGUAUACAUUUUUUUUCUCAUUACUUUGAUUUCAUGAUUUAUUACGUACCAGAAAUGAAAGUUAAAUAUUAAAAUAAAUUUUAAUAGUGUGGUUCGCCAUGGUACUGUCUCUAGAAAUACUUGCUCUGCAGUAAGGUGACUGAUAGUAUGAGAUUUAGUUGUCUUCAUGGAAUGUCAUGUUGUCGGUGUGUGGGUACACAUGUCAGACAGAGGUCAGGGCGGAUAAGAAAUUACUGGUGUUAUGACACUUAUGACAGAUCUGUUGUUUCAUGUUCCAGACAAAAUAACUAAUAAUCUUACUAAAUGAGAGUCCAUGGAAAAAAUCAUAUUUUUUAAAGUUUUAUACAAGAACAACAUAUUCUCUUGUGAAAAACUUAGUCCUAGCCCCAUAAAUACAUACAAUUUUAUACUUUUAAUAAAAUUUCCCUAUUAUGUAUUCAGUUGAAAUUUCUAAGUACCUUGAGAUUUUUCUUAACAGGGAUUUACUGUUCAUCUAUCUGGUCGUAAUAAAUUGAAACAUAGUGGCAAGAGAGUGCACUGGUUCAUGUGAACUGAUAAGUGAACUUGUUCAAUGACUGGCAUGUGUAACAGUUAUCACCUGUUGGCCGGCCGUGGCAUGAGGUGUUUUCGUGUGUGUGUGAGGCGGCUCACCUCAUUGGUCUACGCUAUCCCUUUGGUCCUGCUCUCGCACCUGUGGUUGGUCAUGGCUUUUCAACACUGCCGUUGCUUUUUACUCAUUUCAUGAGUUAAUGGAUAACUGAGAAUUUAACAUGAACAUAUAGAGUUAAACAUACCAUUCACCCUAUCAACAUAAACACUGCAGUGUGGGAAUGCCAUGUUGGAUGUCAGCCUGGAACUUCACCACAGAACGAACGGAACUGUUGCUGUGCUACCUGUUGAGGUGUGCUCGUUCUUACCCAGACUUCCGUGUGGGAAUUUUGUUGUGUUGCAACAAAUGUCAGGCAUGUCAACAUGCUUGUUUAGCUUCAGUAUCUCCACAGUUCCCAAAUUCAUUUUAACACUUCACAAAUUUGCUCAAAUGAAAAUGUCCUGCAACUUGUAAGUCUAUUAGGGAAUUUUACCUUUAAAGUAAUUUUUGUAUAUUUUAUGACAUUUUCAGUCUAUAAGUGUGACAUGUUUUGUCAUUUGGCUACUGUUGACAUCUCUUCAACCUAUUCAAAGCCAGUUUUUAUAUAUUACCUGUACAUUGUCAGUCAUUCUAUCAAGUGUUCAUCUUGAAAUGGUUUUUUUUUUUUUUAAUUUAAUAUUUUACCCAAAGAACUAUGUUUUGUUUUGAUUGUGAAGUGGAGCUCCUAAUGUUGUCUGUCUGCACCUCUGCAUCGGACGUUAUCUGGUUGUUGAGGUUAAGUUGUCAUUGAACAUACAGUGCAUAGUGUAAGAUGUAAGUUUCUUCUGUGUAGCUCGAAGCAUCCUGGUGGUUGGGUGGUUAUAAGUUAUAAGGAACAAUAGUGGUGUUCUCUUAGAGGGGAAACAGUCUCUUGUGACAUGUGAAGUUGAUUCCGAUUCAGGCUGAGCUGGAAAUCUGUUCCUUUGCCGAACGGCUCUGCUGACAGUAGUACCAACUGCUUAUUCAGUCGAGGCUUAACAUCACAAUUUUGUUGGAAGCUGUGUAGUUUAUGUAGUGAGCUGAUUUUGGUACUGUAUCAGUUUUACGAUCUGCACGUGUUUUCUUCCCCAGUUUUUGCUGCGGGGCGCGAAACCUAAAUACCUAAAUAUUGUGUUGAAAUGUAUGUUAACAGUCAAUGUUAAUUGUGCCAUAUGGAAUCCAUUCGUUAUUUUUCAAAUUCCAUCACAGUUUGAAUGAUAAAAUGUUAGUAAUUUUUUUUAAAAAAAUUAUGUUGAAAUGUUACAUUAUGAUAGAUAUGGUCCGCUUUUGAUGGUCUAAUGUUUUUGAUAUCCUGAAUAUAUUGUAGGGAAAGAAACAUUACAACGAAUGUUUUAAUUAUUGUUUUUGAUUGCUUCUUCUCAAAAACACUGUGUUCUGAGGAAACAUGUGAUGUCAGUGCCUUAAGUCGUGUUGGGUCGGGGGUGGCUGUAAUCACAAGGCGCUGGCGAGGAAGGUGGUUGGUUUCAGCCACGUCUGCAUGUCCUUGUAUCUAUCUAAGUACAGCUUCAGGUGGUAUGACGUGAGACUUUAUUGGUGUUUUUGUUCAUCAUCGCUCUGCAAUUUCUUUUCUUGAAACUCGUGAUGGGUCACAUCCUAAUUUUCUCAAAUCCGAAUCCCAAAGAGUAUCUUGAAUACACCCCUCGAAUCCGAAUCUGGGUCUUAAUGGUCGAAAAUAAAAUAAUGUACAAGAAAUGAAAACUAUAACAUUCAACCGUUUAAAUGUUUGAUUCACAAACUAAGUUUGUAGAAUCAAUACACAUUAUAAUUUUAUUUAUUUAAUCAUAUGUUACAAGUACACUACUUGGGGAAUGGUAACAAGAUCGGCAUGAAGAAAAAUUGUACCUCGUAAAAUUCAGAGGUUGAAUUUUUUUUAUAAUUUACUUUGUUCCUUCAUAUAUAAUUUCUUCAAAUAAUUUUACUCAAAUGUCGAAGAUUUCUAAUACUAAGGAUUUGACUAUCUAAAGGAGUAGGGAAUGAGUUGUGAAAUGCAGUUGGUUUGGGAACCAAUAUUUUGUCAGGUGUUGGCUGAUUGUGUAUCUAGUGUGUGUGUGUGAAGGUUGCAGGGUGCCAUGUGUUGUGAGUGACUUGUUAUGUGGUGACUGCCUGUGUGUCCGCAGGUCUGGCCUAUAGAGAGUGAUAGAGAGUUAGUUGUCAGCAUCACAUGCUACAUUAGCCAUUGCAUCUGUUUUAGUGUUGCCUAGUGUUUAAUAACAUUGUAUAUUCACGGUCAGUUUUGACUUAGUUUAAAUGUGUUUGUUUUUGUUUAUAAUGUGUGAAGGUGAGGAUGGCUUUCUUUCUUCUUGGUUUAUGUGCUUCUCUGUUUCUUGUUUCACAUUUAAGUUUUGUAAAAGCACGCAUGUAAGGACAUGUGUAAAAUGUGUGCAGGUUUUCGUAUUCCAGGAUAUACAGUUCUGUUGAUUUUGUCAAUUUUAUAACCAUAAUCAAAAGUAUGUGUAUCUUUUAUUUUAUUUAAAUAAAAAUAAAAUGCCAUUUUCAGAGAAUUUUGUAGUGUCAUGCUGCUUGACAUUACAAGCAUUCAUUUACGGAUAUUAUAUCCACAAAUGUAAACCUUCAGAAAACUUAUUUCAUUCCAUUGUUUAAUAUGCUUGAUAUGUUGUGUAACUUUUAUGAAAGAUUGAAUAAUUAUAUUGGCAUUUAUUGAGAGCCAUUGUAUGUUAUCUUAUGUGUUCAUAUCUGGAGAAAGAAACUAAGAAUCUCACACCUAUAUUGUUAUUGUAAUCUUUGUUUAGGUGUAAAAAAAUUGUUUUAUUUUGCCAUGUCAUUCAAACUGUUACUGUGUGUAAUCUUGAAAUUAAUGUGGUCUAUUUUUGUACGUAUAAGAUGUUAAACGCUGUCAUGUCCACCUGCUGUGAUGUAGCCUACAAGCUAUUUAUUUUAUUAAAACUGUUUGAAAACAUA